UUCACUUCGAGGGCAUUGUGGGAAGCAGCCAUGGUCUGAGGCGGGCGCCUCACCUGUCAGCCGCGCCGGCUCCUGCGCUCGCCUCUCGCCCUCGUGUCCACUGCUCUCGCCACUCGCCGGGCGGGGGCGGCGACGGCCCGGCCACCAUGAUACAUUUCAUAUUGCUGUUCAGUCGACAAGGGAAAUUACGGCUGCAGAAAUGGUACACUACGCUCCCUGACAAGGAAAGGAAAAAGAUCACCCGGGAGAUUGUACAGAUUAUUCUCUCUCGUGGCCAGAGGACAAGCAGCUUUGUUGAUUGGAAGGAGCUAAAACUUGUUUAUAAAAGGUAUGCUAGUUUAUAUUUUUGCUGUGCAGUAGAAAAUCAAGACAAUGAGCUCUUGACACUAGAGAUCGUGCAUCGUUAUGUGGAGUUGCUGGACAAAUACUUUGGAAAUGUCUGCGAGCUGGAUAUUAUCUUUAAUUUCGAAAAGGCUUAUUUUAUCCUGGACGAGUUUAUCAUAGGUGGAGAAAUUCAGGAAACAUCCAAGAAAUCCGCUGUCAAAGCCAUUGAAGAUUCUGAUAUGUUACAGGAGACAAUGGCGGAAUACAUGAACAAGCCUACCUUUUAACUGUACAUCUACUUGAAGACUCCAAGUGCUACGUGUUGUGAACUUGUAAAUAAGCAGUACCUUGUGUCCAAUUAUUUGACAGAGCCACUGGCACCAUGCCAAAAAAAACUUAAAAGGGAUUCUUUGUUAACUAGGAAAAAUGAAAGUUGUUCAAUAUAAUAUAUUUAUCAUUAUUACAUGUCUGUAUUAUACUGUAUAUGACUACGUAUUGUAGCUCUAGAUGUUAAAAUAGCUCAAUAAACUGAAUAUUUGUUUGCUAUGUUUUAACUCCAGGUGAUAUUUUUGAGCUAAUUUAAAUAAAUUUGUUGCAGUAUGUUUUUGUUGCAUUUUAAUCCUCUGUUGACAGGCUGACAACUGUAUUGCAAUAAUCCGUGAUUUUGAAUGUAAAGUAUGUCUUGUAUCAAUAAUACUUUUUCUAAAUGUUUAGCUUUGUAAAUUGUAUAAUAAUUCAAAAUUAUGUUAAUAGUUCAGAGUUCAUAUGUAAUGCUAGACAUUUUUAAUACACUUAAUAAUACUGUAAUUUCAGUCCAGAUACAAUGUAUCUGAUUUUAAUGUCCUGAAUUCAUUUAUUUUUUUCAGGAUUGGAAUUAAGGAAAAUAACCAAAGAUAGGAUAGGACUUGUGG